AUGGCAUCAUCCCGGCGCUCUAGCUUCCAUGCUCCAGCCGGCCCCGUAACGCCGGCGGUCGAGACCCCUGCUGCCACGGACACUGGGACCCAAACUCCAUGGGGCUGGGGAGACGAGACAUCGGCUCUCCCGUCCGGCGUCGCAAGCCCGGAUGCCCACGCCCUCCUGAAGCCCGGCCAGCGGGAGAUCGACCACCGAGCUCUGGCCCAGGCUCUCAGUAGUCAAUCCCAGUCUCAGACCGUGGGCCUCAACACCGCCGGGGAGCAGAUCCUCGAGCUGGGCCGGGUCCGCAGUCGUGCCCAGCGUGAGAGCAGUGUCGGCCUGCCCGCGGAUGGCGUGACUCGCACCCAGGAGCUCCUAUCGGAGAGGUCCAAGCAGGGGGUGCCGCCCGAGCUCAAGAACCUGUUCGCCGAGGCCGUCUUCGUGCUGGUCAACACGGCGGGCCAGCUGAUCUUCUCGCUGACGCUGGGCCAGGUCAUGGUGACCCAGAGCCAGUUCCAGGCCGCGCUCGGCAUCGCGCCCAGCCAGAUCCCGUGGCUCAUCGGCUCCUCACUGCUGGCGAGCGGCCUGAGCGUCAUCAUCUCCGGGUCCUUCGCCGACCUGGCCCCGCCCAAGCCCCUGAUGGUCGGCGCCUUUGUGUGGCAGGCCCUGUGGAACGCCGUCGCCGCGGCGGCCAUCAAGCCCGAGCUCAAGAUCCUGUUCUUCGUGGCCCGGGCCAUGGGCGGGCUCUCGGUCGGCAUCCUGGUCUCGGCCAGUAUGAGCAUCUUGGGCCGUGUCUACAACCCGGGCAUCCGCAAGACGCAGGUCUUCAGCCUGAUGGCGGCCGGCGCGCCCCUGGGUUUCUGGAUCGGCUGCAUCCAGGGCGGCGCCCUGGCGGCCCACCUGCCGUGGAUCUUCGGCACCACGUCAAUGUUCCUUGCCCUGUGCGCGGUGGCCGCCCAGUUCACCAUCCCUGCGCUGCGGCCCGCAAGAGACAGCGCCGACGGCGAUGCGCCCUCUCUUAGAGAGUUCGACUACCUAGGGGCCCUCCUCGCAUCGACCGGGUGCGGUCUGCUUCUGUUCGGCUUGACGCAGGGCAGCUCAGCGCACUGGAACCCGUAUACUUAUUCUUUGAUUAUUGCUGGACUUUUGUUGUUUGUUGCGUUCUACCUCGUUGAGAGCCGUGUUGCUCGGCCUUUGAUUCCCAAUGCAUUGUGGAAAACCCCGGGGUUCACGGCAUUGAUGAUUGCAUACUUUCUCGGAUUUGGAGGUUUCAACGGAGCUUGGCAAUUCUAUGCUAUCCAAUUCUGGCAGCGCUACCAAGCGGCAACACCCCUGACGACCGCGCUGUACUUCCUCCCGAACGCCAUCGUCGGCGUGCUUGCGACUUUCAUUGUCUCCAAGACGCUGCAUGUCUUCCCAGGCCACUGGAUCUUGACGGCGUCAAUGGUGGCCUUUGCCUUGGGGCCGGUCUUUUUCCUGCCACAGACCCCAUCAACGACGUACUGGGCCUUGAGUAUGCCCGGUGUCGCGCUCGCGACCCUGGGGCCCGACAUGAGCUUCGCCGCCGCGGCCAUCUUCAUUACUAGUAGCGUGCCUAAAAGCUACCAGGGCAGCGCUGGCAGCUUGCUUGUCACGGUGCAGAAUCUGACCGGCGCUAUUUUCACCAGUAUCAGCGACACCAUCGGCGUCAAGGUCGACGAGCUGCCGGACGGCACUAUCGGUCUCCAGGGCAUGCGCGCCAUCUGGUGGUUUGGCUUCGCGAGCGCCAUGACCGGCGCGCUGAUCACCGCUGGGCUGGUCAGAAUCCCGAAGGCCGAAGAGAAGGAGCACGUGCAGUAA